UUGCUCCGAGCGCAGUCUGCUGGAUACCAGAGAGUGGAGAGAGAGAGUGAGAGAGAGGCAAGCCUUUAAACCUCUGCGGUGCAGAGCUGGAAAAGCAGCUUCUCGGCGAAAAAAAAAGAAAGAAAGGAAAAACAGACGUCCUGUUUGCUUUGCUUCCUGGCUCCUUUUUUAAUUUUCCUGGAGAAAAAAAAGGGACUUUACCAAGAAGUCGCGACGUGGACUGGUGCCCGUCUCAGCGCGCAGCAAACCUGGUAUUUCUUCUAUUUAUCUUGACAUUUUUCUCUGUGAAUACACUUCUGCUGAAAGGACUGAGUAUUUUUUUUUUUUUACUUUUAAACCGAGGCAGCACUGUUUUCUACCUCUUCCUCGGUUUAUGCCAGAUUAUUCCAGCAGAAGUAGGCUAUAUGACGCAAACAGCGUGCUGAGAGCAUUAGUCUCAAAGUUUUUCUCCACAACUUUUUUUUUUCUCCCCUUUUUCUUUUUUUUCUCCCCACCAAUCACACGGCGUUUCAUGCUACAGCAAGUCGGCGCAGAGUUGUGGAGAGGCCAAAAGAACUAUUGCAUGAAACAAGAAAGAAGAGCAGAGACUUUGAUUAAUAAGUCCGUGUUUGCGACGCUCGCCAGUACCUUUGCAUAUCUGCAAAAGAGUCGCGACGGCAACAUGAGCGCAGAGCUGAGCAUGGGCCCGGAGCUGCCCAGCAGCCCUCUGGCUCUGGAAUAUGUCAACGAUUUUGACCUGAUGAAGUUUGACGUGAAGAAGGAAGGCCUGGUCGGGCUGGAUCGCAACGGGGUGCGCCAGUGUAACCGCCUCCAACCCCAGGGCUCCGUGUCAUCCACCCCUAUCAGCACGCCCUGCAGCUCGGUGCCCUCCUCGCCCAGCUUCAGCCCCACGGAGCAGAAGCACCACUUGGAGGAGCUCUACUGGAUGCCGAACAACGGGUACCACCAACAGAUAGACCCGCAGACGCUCAGCCUGACCCCGGAGGACGCCGUGGAGGCCCUGAUUGGAGCCACGGCUCACGGUCACCCACAGGCGCCUCACGUCCAGCAGCAGUUGCAGCAGCAGCAGCAGCAGCAGCAGGGCGCUUUCGAGGGCUACAGGGGCCCCCACCACCACCACAGCCACCACGGCCACGGGCAACAGCAGCAGCAUCAUCACCCGUACGUCGGGAGCAUCCCGCACCACGCCGAGGAGCUGUCCGGCCACCCGGGGGGACACAGCCACCCGCACAGCCAACACCACCACCACCACAGCCAGGACCCCGACAGCCCGUCCCCGGUCUCCCCGGAGUCCCACCAGCCGCUCCACCACCACCGCCACCAUCACCACCAUCACGCGCACGGCCACCUGAGCCAGACGGCCGGUCACCACGGCGCCGGGGGCGGAGGGCUGAACGUGGAGGACCGCUUCUCGGACGAGCAGCUGGUGUCCAUGUCGGUGCGGGAGCUCAACAGGCACCUGCGGGGCUUCACCAAGGACGAGGUGAUCCGCCUCAAGCAGAAGCGGAGGACCCUGAAGAACCGCGGCUACGCGCAGUCGUGCAGGUUCAAGCGCGUGCAGCAGAAGCACGUGCUGGAGAACGAGAAGACGCAGCUGAUGAACCAGGUGGAGCAGCUGAAGGCGGAGAUCAACCGGCUGGCGCGGGAGAGGGACGCCUACAAACUCAAGUGCGAGAAGCUGACGGGGUCGGGGGCAGGGAGCGGCUUCCGCGAGGCCGGCUCGACCAGCGACAACCCCUCAUCGCCAGAGUUUUUCAUGUGAGUCGCCCCCACCUACCCGCGCGCGCACACCGUCUCCCAGACAAACUCUCGCGCUCCCUCCAACACCCCCUGCGCCUCCUCCACACCUUGACUGACUCCUCGCGAA